CCGCCUCUCCUCCUUCUGCGCAUGCCGACCCCCUCUCAGUCCAUCCGCACUCACACCACCCCAGGCCGUGUCGGGUCGGGCCGAGUGGAACAUUUAUCAGUCGUUUGAGGAAUUUCUGCUGAGACGGACCGCAUCGCAGCGCGUCGUGACAAUUUUCCUCACACUCUUGUACUGAGAGGCACUCUUGGCAAAGUGGAGAAGAAAAAAAAAAGUAAAAAAAGAGAGCGAGAGAUCCCCCGAAGAAAGCGAUUACGUUAGCACACACACGGGAGAGACUCAAGACACCCUUUGUGAACAACUUGUGAACUUGUGCGUGAUCCCCAAAGUUGCCACACACUUCCGCCCCGCAAUUUUUGCACGCAGUCCCGCUGGAAAGUGGCGUUUCGGAGUGGUUGUUCUUGUGGUGUUUGGCCAAGGCAUGGGCAGUGGGCCCAGAGAGGUGCAAUGAGGUGAAAAAGUGGCAGCGUUCCUCUUGGUGGUGCUGUGAAAUAUUCCGCGCACAGUGUUAAACGAUCCCAGCGACUUAUCCGAAGUGCAGUGUGACAACAAUUGGCAGAAUUGUUGUUGAUAUCUUGCGCGUUCUAAAUGAAAUGUGACGAAAUGGUGUUGAGCGGAGGUGAAACGAAAUUGGUUUAGGCGAACAACUACACCACUUUUUUCUCUCUCACAAAUUCUGUAUUCUGAAAAAUUCGAAGUUAAACGAGAGAAAGAGAGAGAGAGUUCUGAAAGAAAGAGUGCUAAUAGAGAGUGUGCCAUUGGUUGAAAGAUGUGUUGCCACCUAUGGCCAAACAUUGGAUUAAUAUUGGAUACAUUUCUGCAUCAGUCGACUUUUUGGAUUACCAGAUACCACACCUAAUUGCUUUUCAACACACAUAAGGCGAUUACGAGAAAAAAGGAUGACGGAUCUUGGAGGACCCCGGCUGACGCUCCGAGGACGUUAGUUUCAUCUACAUGGAUCGCAGGAAUGGCGGCGAUCCUCUGGCGCCGCCCCGGCCCCCGAAGUCAACACCCCGAGUCCAUCGCCCCAGGGCCCCCGAGCCGCCGAUGAUGAGCGCCCCGCUGAUCGGCGCUCAGCACCCCGCAGCCCCGUUGCCACCGCGCCAGGCGGCCGUCCCGCCCCCGCCGCUGCGACCGGCGGCCGCCCCCACGACAGCCCCCCUGGCGCCACUUCAGUCAAGUAUUACGUUCUCGCGACGGCGUCCGCCCGCGGCCGCCACGCAGGGCGGCGGGGCGACAUUCCCGCACCUCGAGACGCCGGCCAACGUGAGCCUCGUGACGCCGCGGCCCGAGAACGAGCGCCUCGCGAAUGAGUACGUGGACACGCCGUUCAGAAGCGGCGGGCCCGCGGCCGCGCUACCCCGCCAAAAUGAGUCACCCCUGCUGACCGCCCAGCGGCCGGCGGCGUCCCCGAAGCUGUCGCCGGUGUUCCUGCCCGCCGCCGUGCCGCGGCCGGCGGCGCCGGCGGUCAUCACGAAGCAGCCCGUCUCUUUCACCAAGGAGCUGCCCUCGGCGGCGCUCCACGAGGACGUGGACAUUCACCCGUCCAACGGGGACAGCCUCAACUCGAUCACGUGCCCACAGUGCAACCGCUGCCGCUGCGAAGAGUGCCAGCGGCCGCGGCAGCUGCCGUCGCGGUGGGUGUGCGACAAGACGUGCCUGUGCAGCGCAGAGACGGUCAUCGACUACGCGUCGUGCCUGUGCUGCGUGAAGGCGCUCUACUACCACUGCUCCAAGGACCACGAGAUGGACAACGGAGAGGGCGACAGCGUGUCCUGCGCCGACGACCCGUGCUCCUGUCUGCCCCACCGGCGGCCUACGCGCUGGGGCUGCCUGGCGGCGCUCUCGCUGGUGCUGCCCUGCCUGUGGUGCUACUGGCCGAUGCGCGGCUGCGUGGCCGCGUGCGCCAAGUGCUACGCCCGCCACGCGCGCCACGGCUGCCGCUGCCCGCGCAGCAAAGCGCAUUCCAGCGCCAUCAGCUCACUGGUGAGCCUCGUGGGGACGGGCGAGCCGCCCGCCGCGCAGCCGCCCGCCACGGGGAACAGUGUGAGUAGUGUCAUGGGCAAUGUGAGCAGGACUUUCAGUGCGUCGCGCAAUUGCGACUUGACGCCCGAGAAGCGAUUGCUGGACUCGAGCCCCGAGUACUGAGGGGCGCGCCCAAAGUGACCCUGUGUCAAGUGGUGGUGCCAGAUGGAUGGACGCGCGCGGACUGGGUGCAGGUACAGUUCCCAAAACAACAAACAAAAACAGAUGAUUCAAGUUUUGUCUUAAGAUCAAAUCAACAUCAUUUCUCAAAACAUUCAUCCAACCAAAUCGGCAUCACUGAUGACAUAACAUUUAGUAACCAAAGACUGCAAAAGUUUGAUUGUAAUAAAUUCUUUUCUUAGAAAUUUAUAUUUACUACAAUUUAAAUUUAAAUAAAAAAAAAACACAAAAUGAAGAAAGCAUAAAUAUUAGUGAAUGCGCUAAACGAAUGAGAGGUUUAAAUUGAUUGUGAGGUUAGCGAGGGUGGUCUUGUUCUUUUUCUUUCUGUUUUCUUUUCUUUUCUUUUCUUUUUUUUGGUUUUCGGCGAGAGACAAAAUUUAGCAACACACUUUUUGACAUGAUUUGUAGAAAUUAUGCACACGACGCGUGGAGCUCUUGAAGCGAUGCACAGAUUUUUCUCAAUUUUCACCACGAAAAUCGCGGGCAAAAUGGCACACAAACGUCUGGUUUUCUGGCCUCUCUCCUGACAAAACCCAUCUCAGUCCGUCUCGAAUGCUGUUCACAUCUCCUCUUUUCUUGUGAAUAGAAACUGUAGAAGAGGAGGAGAAGGCAAACAACAACCAGAUGGUUGUCCGAUUUGAAUCUUUCUGAGAAAUUCUCGUUAGGAUUCUUUUUUAUUCAUCAAUUUUUCUCUCUCUCUCUGCACAACACAAGUGAUCACAAGAGGAAGCAAAAGCCAAGAGAGAGAGAGAGAUUUUUAGCCUGUGAGUUUAAAGAAAAUCAGUUGCCACCUGUUUUGACCGUUUUAUGGGCAUCAACAGAGUGUGUUUUGUUGUAUAUAAUUCCUCAAUCUUUUCGCCCGUCAAUUUCUCUCUCUCCUCCUCAAUUGACAAUGCACGCACAUUUCGAGGAGACUCGCGACCGUGUGUGUUAUCAAUUGUUUCUUUUUCUGUCCCGCUUCCAACCAAAUAGGUUAUCACAACAUUAAAUUAACGAAAUAAAUAAAUAUGUGUGUACAUUGGAGUAUAUUUUAAAAGCACGAUGGGCUUUUAAUAGAAACAAACCAAUUUUUUCCGAAAUAAAUACAUAAAAAGGUUUACAAUAACGUAAUGCUGUCUGUGCGUAAACCUCUUUUGCUCCUAAUCUUCGGAUUCUCUCGACCACAGAGAUGAUGAUGAUGGUUAGGAGCAUUACAAUAAACAUCGUGUCCAUGCUUCUCCUCUCAAUUCACACGCGGAGGAGGAAAAAAUCAAUAAAUGGAAUGCGUUCUCGAGCUCCACGCGACGGCGGCGGCGGGGAAAAUGAGGAAAAAUUGACAAGAGCGAGAGUGAAAAUUUAGAAUCAGUAGAAACUCUAUGCUAGACGCGGCCUCACUGCUCGGCCGCAGUGAAUGGUUUUGGGCUUAAGCGCGGUGGUGAAUCGAAAAGGGGAUGCAAAAGAGGGUGUCGAAAGGAUAGGCAUAAUAGAGGAUGAAGAAAAAACUAAGUCUUAAACUACAUUUACUAUUUUAUACGAGAAACAAAAUGAUGAAUGAGAGGGAAAAAAAUGUGGUAAGAGCGAGAGAGAAAGGGUUUUUUUUUGAGAAAAAGUAGCCAGAAGAAGAAAAAAAUAUCGAAGAAAGAGAUAUAAAUAACGCAUAACUAAAUAUUCUUUAUAAAAUAUUUAUUUUUAAUGAAUUACUAAUUUAAUUAAUGACUAUAAUUGUAUAUUGGAUUUAUAUAUAUUUUGUAUAAAGUUUUUUUUUCACAAAAAAAAGAUGAAAGAAAGUAAUGAAAAAAACAUUUCACUAAACAAAAAAAAAAGAUGAGGAAGAAGAAGAAGUAAUGAGCGCGCGCGAAAAUAAAAGCACAAACAUAGGAAGAAGAAAAAGAAAUUAUUUAAUUUAUUUGCAAAGAAAUGUUGGAGGAUAAAAAAAAAGUCUACAGAUUUUUUUCUUUUCUUUUCUUUUUGAACUACAUUUUACGGAUUUUCUUUUUGCGUCAAAAUUUAAGUUGAGCAGCACUUUCAUUUAGGCAUUGAACCAAUUUUUUUUUGUAGAAAUUAAAAAUAUAUAUUUUUGUUUUUUUUUGUCUUUUUAAUAAUCAAGAGGAAAACAUAGUGAGAUGAAUUUUUGUAUUCAUUUCAAAUUGAGCUGAUGAUUGACGAGCGAGCGAGAGAGAGAGAGAGAAAAAUAGAAUUUAAUUUCCAGUAUUAUCUAGUCGAAACAUUAUUAAUUGAGACUACAGUAAAAGGGUAAUGAAGAAAAUUGUUUUUAUCAUUAUUGAAAAUGAUGUGUUUUUAUAAGAGGAUCAGAAAAAAAGUUCAAUAGUAAUUCAAAUAUGCGCAGCAUUGGCGAAUGAAGAGCGUCGGUAUUAGUGAGAGAGAGUAAUUUGUUUCUUGAUUUCUAGCAGGAUAUUUUUGAGAGCAAAAGAAGAAAGAAAAAAUCGCGUAAAACAUAGAACCUAAUCCAGUGGUGGCGUCGCGACGACAGAAGCAAUUUCCACCGAAGCUGCGCCACUGCUUUUCCCAAGCCAACAGUCCUAUAUUUUAAACUCUCCUUCUAGACGUGAUAGCGUAAAAGAAUACUUAAAAAAGGGACGAGCGAGAGAGAGAGAGAGAGAGAGAUGAAAGAGCAUACAAUAUUCCAAUAAAUACUGAUAUUAUAGAGAAAAAUAUGAUAAAGUAAAACUACAAUGCUGUAGCGAAAAAAAAGUGAAAUUUAUAUGUGUUAAACAUUGCAAAGUUGAAUAAAUUUGUAAAAGAGUAUGGAAAAAAAAGUAAAUCAUUUCCUCGAUUAUGCAAUUAAAUGUUAUGAACACAAACACACACGAAAAAAAUUAAUAUCCAUGCAACAAUUACCUGUUCAUUAUUAUUACCUCUCGUAAAAAUAAUUGCAACAAAAUAUAGGUGGAAAUAACUCUAAAUAAAAAAAGAGAGAAAUAUUACAACUCUUCGUAGUAGUAAUUUUUUUUUGUUGUAUAGAAGAAGAUGAAAAACAACAACAACAACAGAGUUUAAUAGAUAAAAAAAAGAACACCUUCUCUUUCUUAUGCGAACCAUUUAAAAAUGAGCCUCAGUGGGAAUUUAUUGAGAAAUAACAAUAUAUAGAUGUGAAAAAAAAAUUAUGACAAAACUAUGGAAAUAACUCUUAAAACGGUGUAAAAAUUGCUUGAAAGAAUUUAAAAUUAAAAAAAAAUCAGACCCUCAAAUAUAGCGAAUGAUGAAGUAAUAAAAAGGAAAAAAACCAACAUAAAGUACAGCAAAAAUGGGUGUAAAAACCAAGUCAAUACUUAUAAUAAUUUUCACUAUAAUAAUUAUUUCUUUUUUUGUAACAUUGUGAAGAGAUGAAGAGGGAGUAAAAAGUUUAUAAAGCAACAAAAAAAAUGAAUAAUUACAAGAAGUGAGGAAAAACAUUGUCACUGUACCUACAAUUGUAAAUUUAAUGUUAUUAAAUAUUAUCUUCUGGAUAUGAUUAAAAAAAAGAGAGAAAUUAAAGGAUGUAAUUCAGAGAGAGAGAGAGAGAACGAGA